AUAUUUCCUUCUCCAUACAAUCUCUCUCUUCCUCAUACUUUGGAAGUUCAAAAAUCAUGGCUACUUUUUCUGGCAUUUUUGUUGCCUCAGCAAUUGUUUUUUCUUUCUUUGGAAUUAUCAUUACUUAUGCUGCUCUUUUCUCUUCCCUUCAGCAAACUCUCCUAAUCAAUUCUUCACCUUCACAAGGACAAGUUCUGCAAGCUGGAGAAGCACAAGUGACAAUAACAUGGUCAUUGAACAAUAGCUAUCCAACAGGUACAGACUCAAAUUACAAGACAGUGAAUGUUAAAUUAUGUUAUGCCCCAGUGAGCCAAUUGGACAGAGGAUGGAGAAAGUCCAACAACAAUCUCAAAAAGGAUAAAACUUGUCAAAUUAACCUUGUCACCAUGCCAUAUAAACCUUCAAACAACAAUUUCACUUGGACUAUACACAAGGAUGUUCCUACUGCUACCUAUUUCAUUAGAGCUUAUGUUUAUGACUCUACUGAUGAAGUUGUUGCCUAUGGCCAAACCACAGAUGCUCACAAGAAAACCAACUUGUUCAAAAUCACAGCAAUCACAGGCCGCCACAUCACCAUAGACGUAUGCGCAGCCUGUUUCUCCGUUUUCUCCAUCAUCUCCCUAGUCGGAUUCUACUUCGUUGAGAAGAGGAAGGCGGUCAAAAUUUCCCAGCGAAAAUGAUCGUUAUUUGCUUCUUUUUAUCAUAUUUUAGACUUCGGUAGAAGUAAGUUGUAUGGUGUUCUAGCAUGUUAUAUUUGUUAUCUGUAUAAAAUAAGUACAAGCAUUGGUGUUGUUGGGCUUAGCUAUGAAAACAAAGACAAUAUAUUGAAUCUGUCAAA